GGCCGAAAUAGCCGCAUCAAAACAACAUUUUUUACAAAACUUCGGUAUACCUGGCGUGGUUGGAUGUGUAGACGGAACACAUAUUCGGAUAACAAAGCCACAUAAAGAUCAAAGUCUUUUCGACAACCGAAAAGGAUAUUUCAGCAUCAACGCAAUGAUUAUUUGUGACUACAAUAUGACAAUGAGAGCAACAGAUGCCCGUCGCCCUGGUUCAAGCCAUGAUGCUUUAAUAUGGAGUGUGAGCAGAGCUCAAGAGUAUUUCCAACGCAACUACGAAGGCGGUGAACGUGGCUGUUGGCUUUUGAGUGAUGCUGGCUACGCGUUGCAACCAUAUUUGCUAACUCCGUUUAGGGAUCCAAGUGUUGCAACACCACAACAUACUUUUAAUCAAAUACACUCUUCGGCAAGGAAUAUUAUAGAAAGAAGUAUGGGUGUUUUAAAAAGCCGAUUUAGAUGUCUUUCUCGUCUUUUUUCAAUGCCGCCCACGACGGUAUAUAUGCCACACAACUGGGCAAUUUUAUCUUCUGUUGCUGUUAACGUGUGCUUGUUAAACGGCCCUCCCCCAGUUGCUAUAGCUUCGGAAUUAUUGUGGGCAACUUUUUUCCUGAUAAAGGACUUCCAAUCCAUCCAAACCUAAUGAAAUAUUAGAUUUAGAAAAGUUCUUAAGAAUUAGAAAAUGUAUUGUGUCACCUUUUUCCAGCCGGAAAUAUAUUUUUCUGGUGGGCCAUGUUUGUUAAGCUCCGCUGCUAACUGCUUCCAAAGCGCAUCGCU